CCCCCCCCACCCGGACCGCAAGGACUUCGCUUCCAAUUGGCUGCGCUAAAGAUGGCGGAUCCGAAGCCCCAGGUUCCUCCUCCCUACGGGAUGGAGGCGUACGACCUGGGAGCGCUCAACGACGAGCAGGAGGAGAAGCUCUGGCACUUCAAGAUACAUACUCGAAUUGCUAAUGAAUAUUACUUGAGGAACCACCCAGAAGUGGAGAUGCUGCUGAGGGAGUUUAUGAGGUCUGUCCUCCUGGAGAGACCAGAAGAUAUUCGGGAAUUUGCCUCCGAAUACUACACUGAUGCGAAACUGCCGUUAAAGAUCCAGAAGAUGCUGAAGGAGAAAGUUUGGAACUGAGUAGGGUCAAUACUCACAAGGGAGCAUGGCCGCCAUGCUGGACACAGGCUCCAAACUCAUGGCACAGCCAGCAGUAUGCUUGUAAUCUGACAGGUGCAAUCAAUUAAAAACCACCACUGUUUGUGAGGUUAA